GUCCCAUUAUGGCCAUUGGCGCAGUCUACGCAGCAGAGAUUACGGACUCCAUUAUUACGAAGCUCGAUUCAGUUCCAAAAUGAUCACUCGCUCUCUCUCUCUCCACUCAGUUCCUCUCUCUGGUUUUGGAGGAUUGGGGUUGUCGACAGUGGAUCGACCAUGGUUCUCCUCUCCUGCAAAAGCUCUUCCCUCUGCUCUCCCCAUACUCUCUCCUCUCCUUCUCUUUCCUUACAUCCUUCGAAAGCCCUAAUCAAGCUCCUCCCAUUCAGAUUCAGAGCUUCUUUCUCCUCUGCAGUAACAACAACACCACAUGCACACCUCCUCUCUCAUUCAUCUCCGUCGCCAAUAACCCCUCUCCAAUCCCUAAACCCCAAAUCAAAACUGAAACUUUCCGUACCCAGAUCCUCUUCCACAACCUCCGAUCUCUCCUCCACAGAAACUUCACCCACCGCACUCAAAACCCUAAAAUCCCGUCUUGCCGAUGGCGAUACCCUCUACGGUCUAUUCCUCCUCAGCUUCUCCCCAACCAUGGCCGAGAUAGCUGGGCUUGCGGGCUACGAUUUCGUGGUGGUGGACAUGGAGCAUGGCCCCGGUGGAAUCUCAGAUGCUCUCCCUUGCCUCCGCGCUCUGGGCGCCACCGGCACUCCCGCGAUUCUCCGGCUACCAGAAUGUUCGGCUAUGUGGGCUAAGAAGGCCCUGGAUCUGGGACCUCAAGGGAUCAUGUUCCCCAUGAUUGACAAUCCCAAAUUGGCGAAGAAGGCAGUUUCGUAUUGUCGAUUUCCGCCGGCUGGGGAAAGGGGAUCGGCGCAUACUGUGGUAAGAGCUUCCAAAUACGGAAUCGAUCCAGGCUACCUCAGUAACUACGAGGAGGAGCUUCUGAUAAUGUGCCAAGUGGAAUCGGAGGAAGGCGUGGAGAAGAUCGAGGACAUUGCGGCUGUCGAUGGAGUGGAUUGCAUCCAGAUGGGUCCAUUGGAUCUGAGUGCGAGUUUGGGGUAUUUGUGGGAUCCUGGGAACAGGAAAGUGAGGGAAGUGAUACGUAAGGCGGAGAAGGCGGUCUUGGAGUCGAGGAAGACGAAGAAAGGGAAAGAAGGAGGU